CUUUUUUGCAGCAAGUCCUCCAAAAACAUAUCCACGACUCACGCUGUUUACGACGAAACCCUUCACUCUCUUAGCCCACGCAACAACAAGUCUCGCUCGGACAUAACAUAUACGAACCGACUUGAAAUUUCUUUUCUGCCCAAGAUGAACGCCGCCCAGACUGGAAUUGAGAACCUCGACCUGGAGAAGCUCAACGACAAGGACAAGACGGAGCUGCGGCAGUUUCUUGCCAAUGAGCAGCAGCGAUCGCAGAUUCAAGCUCAAACACACAACUUGACGCAGAUUUGCUGGAAAAAGUGCGUCACUGGAAACAUCAAGGGAUCGAAGCUGGAUAAGGGCGAGGAAGGGUGCCUGGCCAACUGCGUGGACCGGUUUUUGGAUAUCAACUUUUUGACAAUGAAGCACCUGAACAACAUGCGGUCAUAAGAAUGGAUUUUUACUUUGUAUGGAAUUUGAGGGGUUGUUAAUACGGGCGUGAAUUGUGGAUUGUGGAUUGUGUGUUGUACGAUAUCUUAAAAACGUGGUAUGAAGGAUAUAUGAUCUAGAUUUUGGGAUGGGAUACGGGACUGUUCUUCUCUCUGAUAAACACCAAUGAAUUUAAAAGGCAUCAAGACCCAUAGAAGGCACUACGAUUUACAACACAAUGCGUAGAUAAUUUACGCGGUAAUGGGGAUGAAUCAUGUCACAUCAUUCAGAGCC